AUGCCAUUGCUGAAGACCGCCUCGGCAUCAUUUCCACCGUCUCUCGCUGGUAACAGAGAUGUAUAUACCUCACCACUCAGCAAAUUUUGCCUUGUCGUUGAAAUUGAACUGGUCAAAAUGAUCAUCGCAGCAGGGUAG